GGGAGAUUGCAGAUAUCAAGGUAAUUAUGUGGAGGUGAUGGCAUCAUGAAGCCUUUGCCCUCCCUCGGCCAAUGGGAAGCCAGGCUCGGACAGUUGGAGAUGGAACUCUGCGGAACUGUUUUGUGAAAGGACAGUUGGGAGUUCUGCUGGAGAAGGGAAGUCGGAGACCGUGUCCCGCCAUGAUGUGCAGCCAGGUUGUGAGGGUGGCCAGGCUGAUGGUCAAGGGGAGUGGCCGGAGGAUCCUGAGCGCCACGGUCCAAGCUCUGGGGUCCAGCCGGGGAUUCUUUACCACCCGCGGACGGCCAGUGCUGCAGCAGCAGCUGCGAGAUCUGUCUCUGCACGAAUACUUGAGCAUGAAGCUCUUGAAGGAAGAGGGCAUCCCUGUCCCUUUCGGUUUGGUGGCCAGAACUCCCGAGGAGGCUUACACGGUGGCCAGAAAGAUUGGCACCGAUGACCUGGUGGUCAAGGCUCAGGUGCUGACCGGAGGCCGGCAGAAAGGGGUCUUUGAAGGGGGCCUGAAAGGAGGGGUGCAGAUGGUCUGCUCCCCAGAAGAAGCCAGGGCGGUGGCCUCCAAAAUGAUCGGGAAGCGGCUGUUCACUCAGCAGACGGGCGAGAAGGGCCGCAUCUGCAACCAGGUCUUCAUCUGCGAGCGCAAGUACCUCCGGCGGGAGUACUACUUUGCCAUCAGCAUGGAGCGGGCCUUCCAGGGCCCCGUCCUCAUCGGCAGCUCCCAAGGAGGGGUCCUCAUUGAGGACGUGGCUGCCGACAACCCCGGGGCCAUCAUCAAGCAGCCGGUGGACAUCAUGGAAGGCAUCACCGAGGAGCAGGCUGUGCGGCUGGCCCAGAAGAUGGGCUUCCCUGCCCACCUGGUGUACGAGGUGGCCGACAACAUGAUUAAGAUCUACAACUUCUUCAUCAAAUACGACGCCAUCUUGCUCGAAAUCAACCCGUUGGUGGAGGACUCCAUGGGGCAGGUGAUGUGCAUGGACGCCAAGAUCAUUUUCGACAGCAACUCGGCCUUUCGCCAGCAGAAGAUCUUCGAGCUGCAGGACUGGACCCAGCUGGACGAGCGAGACCGGGAAGCGGCCAAUGCGGAGCUGAACUACAUCGCUUUGGACGGCAACAUCGGCUGCCUGGUCAACGGGGCGGGCCUGGCCAUGGCCACCAUGGACAUCAUCAAGCUCCACGGAGGCACCCCGGCCAACUACCUCAACGUUGGAGGCAGCGCCACUGUAGAGCAAGUCACGGAGGCCUUCAAGCUCAUCACCUCCAACGAGAACGUCCAGGCCAUUCUGGUCAACAUCUUCGGGGGGCUGAUGAGGUGCGACGUCAUCGCGCACGGCAUCAUCAUGUCGGCCAAAGACCUGGACCUCAAAAUCCCCAUCGUGGUGCGGCUGCAAGGCACGCGGGUCAAGGACGCCAAGGACUUGAUUGCGGAGAGCGGCCUGAAGAUCCUUCCCUGCGAUGACCUGGACCAGGCGGCCAAAAUGGCCGUGAAGCUCUCCGAGAUCAUGGUCCUGGCCAAAGAGGCCCAGGUAGACGUCAAGUUUCAGUUGCCAUCUUGAUGGUGAUGCCCACCUCCUUCCUCUCUUUAUGCAGAAGCGAAAUCCUUCCCAAUAAACUAAUUGAAGAGCUUGUCAACAAAGAUCUAUUUCUUCCAAAUCACACAUUCAUGCUAAGUAGUAUUGCGUUUGUCUCCACAAUCAGCCUUCAAGCUGAUUGUGGAGACAAUCACAGAUAUAUAAACCCUUUUUCCCAGUUCCAACAGACCUCACUACCUCUGAGGAUGCUUGCCAUAGAUGCGGGCUAAACGUCAGGAGAGAAUGCCUCUAGAACAU